AUGGCUGGCCAGCCUCUGUGUUCGCAAUGCCGCAAUGCCCACGUAACCAUCGUCUCUUCCCUGCUCAUCAAUCAAUGCUACCUGGAUCAACUCCUGCGCAUGUACCUGUACUCCAUAGCCUGCAGUGACAACCUUGAACCUUCCGAGUCCUCCGCUGCUCCAUCCUGCAAGCGCCAACUUCUCUUGAUUUGGCUGCUUGUGGAUGCCGGUGACAAUGCUUGGAGGGAAAGGGUGGCUUGUUUAUCGGAGCGACUUUAUCUCGACCACCGAGGAGAGGAGAAGAGAGGAGUACUGUCUGGACAAACCAAGCCCGUGCAGGUAAUAUUGGUACAUAGCCAAAGUCUCUGCCGCGUACGGUACGGAGUACCCAAGUCAUACCGAGAACAAGCACCAGUAGUCGCACUCGACAACGGUACAGUAGCUGGCAAUGGUCAGCUCCCGACACGCUUGGUUGCCGCAUCUCGCCUCGACAAUCAAUGCUUCGAGAAGACCCAGGCAACCAGGUUCGGACUGAGGCGGCAGCCCGUUGCGUGCGCGCCCUGCUGCCAGAAGCCCGUGUCGCAGAACUACGAGUACGGCAAUACGGGCAUGGGUAGACCCAGCACUCGUCGUUCACAAGCUCGACAUGUGGCAAAGGAGAGCGACCAGAGACCCCAGUUUAAGUCGACCUUGUACUCGUACUCCGUGCUUCGUCCGCAUAUCAAAACACUAAGGGCCGCGUUCAGCCGACUUGAGACUUACAUACUCGAACUGGUGGCACAGCAGCUUGAGAUGUGCGAGGCACGGCACAGGGCGAUGAAGGGGCAAUGCAUGUACGAGUAUCCGGAUUCUGUGCGAAAAGAAUGUGCUUCGUACAGUACAUUAGCAUCAAGGGGGAGAGAGACUUUUGGUGUGCGAGUACACGCAUGGGCAAGCCUCAUUUCAUGUGGUACUCCGCACCUUCCAAUCCAGCCUACUGCGAAUGGUACUCCGUGCUACCGCCGGAAUUGGCUGUACCAGCGAGUCCCCUCACCCUCGCAGCGCAUCCGGCGAAAACAUGGGUGCUCAUGGGAAGUCGAGGUGUGGCACCAGCGAGGAUACAAGGAGGGUUAUGGAUGGAAAAACGAGAUGUUGACCCGUGACGAGCACAGCGCUCCUGGCUGGACCGUGGACGUGGGUUAUGGAUGGAGGAAGCGAUACCAAGAGCUUCCUACGGCCAAGUCCAGGGAGGCAGCUUGGUGGAUUCGCUCCGGUACUCGCACUUGGGCCAAGUGCAGGCAGAAAAAGGACGGGGGCCACUUACACGCAGUUGCAGUGCAGGCAUUGCGGAAAAGCUCGAUGCAUGCUUGCAACGAAUUACGGAGGAGUAAGGUAGUACUUGGCAGCAAGCAGCACAGCGCAGUGCAGCGCAGAAUCGCCCUCGCCUCGCAGAAGCACUCUCAACACCUCAUCCAUACAUUGAAUCCGGCUGCUGUUACCUCAGCGAUCGCUGCAGCAGGUACUCAGGCACUAGGCACGUCCAGGGAGCAGUGUGUGUUGCCCAGUGUGUGCCCAGUGCAAAAGCCGCCUGUCCCCAGCGCCCAUAGUGCCGCCUAUUGCAGCGCUCCGGACCCUACUAGCAGUCCUGCGUGCUCCAUCCGCGAGUACGAGUACCUCCGUCGUAACGCUUCGUACCGAGUACAGCAGGUACCGCCGCCGGCCAGCAACGCACAUACUGGUCGCAGACUCGCUCCCCUUCUCCCUCUCCCAUACAAAUUCUCCCAUACAAAAUCCUCCCAUACAAACCGCACCCGCGUCUUCGUCGCAACACAACGCGCCUAUCUGCUCGCUUCCCUGCCCAUCUUCAACACGGCCGGCAACGCGCUGAACCUGUGCGGUCGCAUUGGAGAGUGA